AUGGAGAAGAUCAGAAAUGCGCUUAGCCGUGGCGGACGGAUCGUUGAAAAUGAACUUGGCACAGAACAUGCAACUCACGAUUUGAACGAAAAAGCCGCUGAGAUUGCAUCUCAAGAAGUAGCUAAUGGAGAUUUCGAAGCUGACAGAAAGGUUCCCGAUUUGGAUUUGGUGGUGUCCAAGUCCCAAGAGUUUGAUCCUGUGACUUCACGUUUAGUUGACGAGAUUAUUCACGACGACUAUGCAGCUGUGCAUGUUGAAGAUGACUCACCCUACCCGGAAGUUAGAGCUGCUGUACCUAGUUCUGAUGACUUUGAUAUGCCACAAGCCACCAUCAGAGCUUGGACUAUUGGUUUGGUUUUGACGACAAUUGGUUCAGCAAUGAAUAUGUACUUCUCCCUACACCAGCCCACCAUUACUAUCACAACCUUGGUCACAUCCAUUUUGGCUUACCCAAUAGGUAGAUUUUGGGCUUGGAGCAUUCCAAAAUCUUGGAAGAUUUUCGGUUUGCCAUUGAAUCCAGGACCUUUCAAUAUCAAAGAGCAUGCAGUCAUCACCAUCAUGGCAAAUGCCUCCUUCAACGGUGGUCCAGCUUACUCUACAGAUAUCUUGGUUUCAAUGAACAAGUUUUACGGUGUUGACUUUGGUAUUGGUUUUGCUCUUGUCUGUACUCUUGCCACCAACAUGAUUGGGUUCUCCAUGGGAGGAUUGAUUAGAAGAGCAGUUGUUGACUCACCAUCUGCCGUUUGGCCACAAAACUUGGUCACCUGUACAUUCUUGACCAACAUGCACAUCAACGAAAAUCACCCAGCUAAUGGUUGGAAAAUUUCUCGUCUUGCAUUCUUCUUGACUGUGUUUGUGGCUGGUUUCAUCUACUAUUGGUUCCCUGGUUAUAUUUUCAGCGCAUUGUCAUAUUUCUCAUGGAUUUGUUGGAUAAAACCAAACAAUGUCACCAUCAACCAAAUCUUUGGAUCGUCUUCAGGAUUGGGAAUGCUUCCAAACUCAUUUGCUUUGGAUUGGAACCAAAUUGCUGGCUAUUUUGGAUCCCCAUUGAUUCCACCAGCCAGUACCAUUGGAACCAUUUUCUUGUCCAUGGUCCUCAUCUUUUGGGUUGUGGUUCCAGCCAUUUCAUUCACAAACACUUGGUAUGGUGACUACCUCCCAAUAUCGUCUUCUGGAUCUUUCGACAAUACGCAACAGCCAUACCAAGUCUCUCGAGUUGUUGAUCCAAAGACUUUGACUUUCAAUAAGGAAGAAUAUGAAAAGUAUUCACCAUUGUUCUUAUCAACAACAUUUGCCAUCUCGUACGGGUUAUCAUUUGCAUCGAUAUUAGCAACAAUAGUUCACACAGUUUUGUUCCAUGGACAAGAAAUCAUUGACCAAUUCAAACUCAAAGAGAAGCCUGAUGUGCACAAUCGUUUAAUGGCUAGGUACAAGCGCGUUCCAGAAUGGUGGUUCUUGAUUUCCUUUUUGGUAUUUUUUGGAAUGUCAAUCGCCACAGUGAGAGCUUGGGAAACCGAGAUGCCAGUUUGGGCUUUGAUUGUGGCUCUCCUCAUUGCCAUGUUCUUUUUACUUCCAGUUGCUGUCAUUUAUGCAAGAACCAACAUCGCUGUUGGCUUGAAUGUCGUGACUGAAUUCAUCGUCGGUUACAUGUUACCAGGAAAACCAAUUGCAAUGAUGUUUUUCAAAACUUUCGGUUACAUCACCAACAACCAAGCUGUCACGUUUGCCCAGGACAUGAAAUUAGGUCACUAUAUGAAGAUUUCUCCUCGCAAUAUGUUCUUUGCGCAAUUUGCUGCUGCUAUCUGGAACUGUUUUGUCCAAAUUGGUGUUAUGAGAUGGUCGUAUGGUGCCAUUGACGGAUUGUGUACACCUGAUCAAAAAUCAAGAUUCACUUGUCCUGGAGCUAAAGUGUUUUUCAAUGCUUCUAUAAUUUGGGGGGUUAUUGGACCACAACGUCAAUUCUCACAUGGUCAAUUGUACUAUGGGUUGUUGUUUUUCUUCAUCAUUGGUGCUGUUCUCCCCGUUAUCAAUUGGUUGAUUUUGAAGAAAUGGCCAAACAGUAUGAUCAAGUACUUGAACUGGCCAGUGUUUUUCUCAGGUACCGGAUACAUUCCACCAGCAACACCAUUCAACUACACCUCGUACUGUCUCGUUGGUUUAUUCUUUGGAUGGUGGGUUAAGAGAAAGUUCUUCCACUGGUGGACCAAAUACAACUAUUCAUUAUCUGCUGGUAUGGAUAUUGGGUUGGCUUGGAGUCUUUUGAUUAUCUCAUUAGCUUUGGGAUUGACACAAACUGAUUUCCCAAGUUGGUGGGGAAACGAUGUUGUCAAUAAUACCGUUGAUUAUCAAGUGACAACAAAUAUCAGAAAGAUUUUGAAACCAGGAGAGACUUUUGGACCAUCUUCAUGGUAG